AUGGCCCCAGCCAGUCCCUCCCGGAACUUUCCUGACAUAGCACUUCUCUCCUCUGCUGCAGAAAACGACGCUUCGAGGCAGAGGAGGAGGAGGAGGAAGAGGAGGCGGGGAUGGCUGUGGCGAUCCAGGCGGCGGCGGCGGCGGCGGCGGCGACGGGAGCUGGAGCAGAAAGUGAGGAGCAUCGCGGCCGAGCGCCGCCGCCUCGCGAUCUGCCGAGGGGUUCCCGCCCCCAGGGUGGCCUCCAACUGGACGUUUUGAACUAUUGACUUUCAUCAGCAAAGACUGGCUGUGAAGAUCACCAAACUGAAUUCAGGAAGACCCUUCAGAAAAGAUACCAACCUUAAGAUCAAAAUGAUACUGGGAAAUACUGCUUUCAAGUGACAAGUGAUACUGUUUUUCCAGCUAUCAUCAACAUUUGUGAUCACUGCACAGCGGGAUAUGCCCAGUGUGGCGAUGCCCAGAGACACAGCAUCAGCAGCUGUCAACACCCUAGGAAGAGACCACAGUAACAGUGGGUGUUGGUGUGGGCUUGUUUUUCUACCUCUUGACUCCAGCUCUUGCUUCUUCUUAGUACUGUGGGACCUCAGCACAGUCUUUGUGUCAUUUGUACC